AUGAUUGUAAUUCUGCUGCUGUCUAUGUCAAUGGUGUUGUACAGUGGUGGCCAAGAACUGGAGCCACCAGGAUUCCUGCCAGAACUUCUCGACACACCUGAAAGAAUCUUGAAUAAUGCCACAUUCUUCAAUGGAGUCUUUCAAAAUGUGGAAAGUGUUGCAUUAUUUUUUGACUGCCUAGGUUCGCACUUCACCUGGCUACAGUCCAUCUUCACUAACUUCCCUGCCCUGCUCAACUUUGUGAACAAAAUGAAGUGUGUUACUGGUUUUUGUCCCAGGGAUUUUGAAGACUAUGGUUGCUCUUGCCGGUUUGAGAUGGAAGGGCUCCCUGUGGAUGAAGCUGAUGAAUGCUGUUUCCAGCACCGCAAAUGCUACGAGGAAGCAAUGGAGAUGGAGUGCACAUGGGACCCAUCAAAGAUUUCUACAGAUGUCAGCUGCUCUACUGAAAACCUGACCUGUGAGUCUGGGGAUCCCUGUGAACAGUUCCUGUGCAACUGCGACAAAGAUGCCAUUGAAUGCUUUGUGAAUGUACAUAUUAACUCUUCCUUGAAUGGGCUGGAUGUCUCCUUCUGUCCAUCUCUGGUUACAGAAACAACCAGCAAGAGAGAGAUUACAACACUUCACCCAGAGGAGUUCCUUCAUCAUGGGACUGACAAAACAGAGGCUGCAACUGCAUCCGCGGAGGAAGUGAUUUUUUUUGAGCCCAGUAAGAUGGUCCUGGGGACUUCCAAAGCCAGAGAGGAUGGAUUUAGGGAAGCUGUGGUCCCAGUGGAAGAGAUAACCACCUCCUCAGCCUCAUUCCCAGGAGAUAUUAACUCAAUGCAAGUCAAAAUUGUCCCCACUGAGAAGAUUCCUGCAGGAACAUCUACAAGGACAAAAGAAAAAGAGACAAGCCCUGCAAGGGGUGGCCAGAGCACAGCUUCCUCUGGAAUAGCUCUGGAACUGGUACUGUCUGACACAGGACCCAAUGAACCUGCUGGAAAAGUGUGUGAACGAUUAACCUUUCUGCAAGAGAGAGAAAAUGGAAGAGUGAAGAGGGAGCUGCCGCAGCUAGGAGAAAUGCUGUUCUGUUUAACUGAGCGAUGCCCAGAGGAAUUUGAGUCUUACGGUUGCUACUGUGGCCAAGAAGGAAGAGGUUAUCCUACUGAUGCACUGGACAGGUGCUGCUUUUCUCAUCACUGUUGUAUGGAACAAGUUAAGAAACUUGGAUGUCAUGUGGAAAGAAGUUCAAGAUCCGAGGUUCUAUGUUUUGAUCAUAAGCCAAAAUGUAUUGGUUGGAGCAUGUGUGAGAAACUACUAUGUGCUUGCGAUAAGACAGCAGCCGAGUGCAUGGCUUCUGCCUUCUUCAACGAAAGCCUGAAGUUUCCACACAGGCAAGAGUGCCAAGAGGAGAAAGUCUUAUGUCAGAGAGACCCUUAUGAAAGGCCUUCAGUCGGCACAGAAAUAGGCACCGGGAUUUCCAGCUCCGAGGAGAGCAGUGAGGAGGAAGGUCCGCUGUGGAGCGUAUGA